AUGGAAUCAAGUGUAACAACGCGUACCAUUCUUCUGAACUACUGCCAACUACCACCUCGCCUGCGUAUGAUUGACUUCCGUGGCCUUACACUGCGACACAAGGUAGACGAAGACGUCCUGGACCCCAAAGCUCCAUGGGAGCCCUUGAAAUCUAUCCAUUCCGCAUCCCAUCCCUACAUUAUCACCAUCGACACUUUUGGCGCUGCAUCUCACGUCUGGUCGAUAGACUCAGGCAGUCCGACGUACGUGACAAAGCUCGAGCAAACCCUCCCGGGAGAGAUCUUGCCUCAUAGGUCGGCGGUCACGUAUGCCCCCACCCACUCCAUACUGGCAAUCGGGUAUGACUUUCCCCCGUCUCUCAGAGAUGACAGGAAAGACAAGCCAGCCGUUAUGCGGGCGUAUUCAAUAGGUUCAGGACAGCUAUUGAAGGAGGAUGAGCUCCCCGGGCGGCUUGCCUUGGGCACAUCCUCGAUACGCUGCUCCUCGGACUAUAUGGCUGUAGCCAUGGGUGAGCCGGCGCCCCAGAUCAUCGUCUUCAGAGUCGAAUCCUCAGGUUUCCACGAAGUCCUACGCGUGCCUUCCCUGACCCAGAAGGAUAUUUUCAUCCCAGUGCAGCUCUUCGAUCGGGGGGAGGACUUCACACUAUUGACCUCGUCGACCUCCGUACCUUCGAGUAGCCUCACCCUCGCAUUGUACUCCCGCUCGGGUGAGAGCGCCCGGACGGACCUCACCGUCCCCGAGGAUCGUGCCGACUGGCUCGAGCCCGGCGCAACGACGAUGCUUCCGGACGGCACUACCGUGCUCCACGUCAAGGGCACGCAGUCGUCCUGCGACCACCAUCCUGAUUCCACGCGCAGCACUGUUUACGCCCUCGCUCCUGGUCUCACGAUAUCCUGGAUACGGCGUUUCGACUCCGUGGUCAAGAAAGUCACUUGCCACCCUGCGCUGCAGGCGAUCGUAAUCCUCAGCUCGCGGGGAAAGUUUAGCGAUUCCGUACACACACUCAUCAUUUCUUUUCUGAGCCCUGUCAGCGGAGAGGUGAUAAGGGAGGCAUCAUUCCGCUACCAGCCCGAGACCUACCUCACAGCGCAGUGCACUCUCACCGACGAGCUGGUCAUUGUCACCAAGGCCGGAGGCCUUAGUGUUCUCCCCCUGCAAACUAUCUCGGACGAAGGCUUCAAAGAUAAAAGUGCAGAAGAGAUGCUAAUCACGCGGGCAUCGCCUGUGCAGCCAGAGCCGUACAACACGAAGGCUCGCAAGGCCGGUGAUAGGUGGGGAUGGGUUGAUCACUGUAUUGUAUACUCCAAGGGAGUGGUAUUAUUCCCGUUGAGGGGACCAGACAUGUAUGUGACGCGAUGGUAA